AUGGACGGUCUAAAACGCGCAAGGAUAAAACGUGGCGCUCAACGUGCACAAGCAACUAAAAUUUGGAACGAAGCUGAACUACUCAUAAACGGUGAAACGAACGAAGUUAAUAUUGAGAAACUACGGGUCAUUCUGGCAACGUACGACGCGAAAUCGAAUUACUUCGAAAGUUGGAUGAAACUGUAUCAGAUCUAA